AUGAUUCAUGUGUGGAAUGUUGUGGAGAAUUCUCUGCAAAACCUAUGGAGGGCAUUUUAUACGAAAUCUUUUGCAUUCACCGUUGAUACGAAUUACUUGGACUGGAAUACUUCCUUUCCAGCUGUAUCAGUCUGUGAGGUCUUCAAUGGGGAAAGAAUGUGGGAUCUCAAUGAGAAAUACUUCGGGGCGGAUAGAGAUAAAUUUCAGGAUGAAUUUGUGGCUGAUAUUGCCUUCUUCAAUGGGCUCUGUUCAUCCUGCAAGUCCUGCAUGCAGAAUCAGAAGGUCGAAUGUGGAGGGAAUUUUUCCGCAAUUGUCCAGCAAUUUAGGACACCGUGUGAGCAUCUUAUAACAAAUUGUGCUUGGAAUGGAAGGAAUUUUAGCUGCUGCGACGCCUUCCUACCACUUGAGACGGAAUUUGGGCUUUGCUACACCAUCAACAGUGUCCACACGACCCCCAAGUAUGGCUUGAAAUUGCAGAGUAAUCGCGAUAUGGGGCCUGGAACAUUGGAUGUAUUUGCCCUGGAAGAUGUACAAAUUCAUCUUCAUUCCCCAAAUGAUGUACCCUACAUCAAUACCGAGCAUGACCUCCAGGAGACCAUCUUGUGGGGGCUGCAGAAGGAAAUAAUUUUCAGUACAAUUGAGAUCUUCAAUGAUGCGAAUAUUGUGGAACAAGGACUCUUCCAGAGACGCUGCAAAUUCCCCUUUGAGUUUGCUGAGGAAGAUGGUUUGAGGCUCUAUAGUAGCUACAGCUACUCAACAUGCGUCACAUCUUGCGUUGCUGAAGCCCAAAUUGCCAUCUGCAACUGUACUCAUCAUCUAAUGCCACCUAAUCUUGCGCCUAAUCAAUUUGAAAUAUUAACAGAAAUUAGGAGAAAUUGCAAAUGCUUCAUUUCGUGCGAGGAACCGGAAUAUAAUAUUGUCUACAGUUCUAACGAUUACUUUGGUGAUGAUUUGGGGAGUCCUAUAACGAUUAAAUUGGUUUCACUCCCAACUACGAGAUUUAUAAGGCACACAGUAAGGACCACGUUGGAUUUUAUCAGUAAGUUGAUCCUUAAUUCUUCUUAG